CAUUUGGGCAACUGGGUCCUUUGGCCAUGGGCCGCUAAUGGCUGAGAGCCGCUCCAGAAGCCCCAGAAGGCAUCCCGAGAGACGUGUGAGGUGCCUCGCUUUGAGCGGGGAGGUCUUGGCAGAAGUUGAGCUCGAGCCGCCAGCUGCAGUCGCCGACUUGAGAGCAGCAGUGCGAGAAAGCACGGACAUCGAUGUUGGCCAAAGCUUGCGGUUUCUGGUGGGUGCAAGCGAGCUGAAGGACGAGGACAAGGUACCUUCGGAGGUGACUGCGCUCAUAUCUAGCAAAGACUGGGUGAUUACUGGCUGCUCAGACGGGUCAGCAGCAACUUGGGAUGCCACCACAGGGGAAUAUUGCCAGUCACUUUUCGGCCAUGAUUUGUCCAUCAUUUCUGUGGCCCUGUCCCCAGAUUCGAGUUCUAUUGCCACGGCGUCAUCUGACUGUACGGUGAGGCUGUGGAGCGUGCGUCGUCAAGCGUGGCGUUUGACUCUGCGAGGGCACCGGAGCUGCGUGCUUUGUGUGAACUUCUCGGGUGACGGGAACUUCCUGGUGUCUGCCUCCAGCGACAAGACGGCGCGGGUGUGGAGCGCCGGCAGCUUUGGCGAGUGCAUCUCGGUGCUUCGCGGGCACCGGAAGGAUGUGUCUUGGGCCGCGUUCUCCCCGGAUGACUCGUGCAUCGUCACUGGGUCGGAUGACCGGACCGUCGUCCUCUGGGACGCUGCCACCUUGGCGCGUAGGUACACCUUGGCCCACAGCAGGCGCAUCAACUGCGUCACCUUCUCUGGCGAUGGGGCCCGGCUUGCCAUCGCGUGCCGUAGCACCGAGGUGGUGGUGUGGAAGGUGUAUGCCAUGAGCGAGGUCCAGGAGGAGCAUCACCUGCGUCAUCCUGCAGACGUUUUUGCCGCCUGCUGGAAUCCCAAAGUGCUACACCAACUGGCAGCCGCUGCUGCGGAUGGCAGGGUCAUCAUUUGGGAUGCGGCAGCAGGUUGGGGCAGGUUGCUGGGACGUUUAUUCCAGCAUUCUAAGACCACUGAGUCCUUAAGCUUGAAGGCAUUCUUGCUUGGCAAGGACAAGCGCGGGAGGCACAGAACCAACUAAUCAGCCAAACGUUCUUCCUGGCCCUGCUGUUUGCGCCUGACUUGCAUUUCGGGGCCAGCUCAGCCGACAAACGGCUAGAUUCGCACUGUGGAUGGACGAACGUUGACAAAACCUGGAUGAACUCCCAUGGAUGCAUUUGGAUUUUGCAACCAUUUUUUUGGAAAAAAAACUGUCGCAGGUGUGCGUGUGGCCUGCCUGGAGGGCCACCGGGGCAAGGUCUUGGGCCUCAACUUCUCCCCCGGCGGCCAACUUUUGGCCACGGCCUCGGCGGAUCGCACCGCGAAGCUCUGGAGCUGCGACACCUUCCGACGCCCGGCCCGGAUUGCUGGCUGCGGGGCAUUGGUGUGUGGCCAAUUUCAGAGGGCCGAAGCUGCUUUUCUCGCCAAGCUGAAUGGAAACGACAUGGAGUGGCUGGUAGUCGUGGGACUAGGGCGCAUGGCAAGCGUUGGGGCCAGAAGCUGCAACGCGGGUAUGUGCCAAAAUAGGCCAAAGAUAUAGGGGGCCAAAGAUGGUG